AUGAAUGCUAAGCCCUUAUGGUUACUACUUAGUGAUAUUCAUUUCGGAUCACGUGAUCUUGAUAGAGUCAUACGAACUUCAAACUGGAUUGCCUCUCUUCCCAAGUCUCAUACAAAUAUUCGUCGCGCAAUCAUCUGCGGUGACCUACUCACAACGCGCACUUCGCAGCCAACUCACGUCCUUUCAGCAUGCUACCGCUUCUUAAACAAGCUGGUGGAAGCCGUGCCGCAUGUCGAUAUCAUCCUAGGCAAUCAUGACUUGGCUUACCGCUUCGAUUACACCACUUCGGCCUUGGAGGCGCUUUCAAUUAAUCGACUAGCCCCCUUCGUAACGCUCCAUACGAAAUUAGGAUGUCACGAAUGGGAUGGCCGACGGGUAUUUGUGAUGCCGUUUCGCGAAGACCAGAACCAAAUUGUUAAGGAGAUACAUAACUUGGACCCGAAGAGCGCCGCCCAGACGGUUGGGUUCGGACACCUGGCCAUAAACCGGGCUAUAACACAGAAAUACACCGUAAAUUCGGAGACCGGGAAGCCUGGUUUCUCCAUAAGGUACCCCGGCCUUACUGGCGUGGGUGGAUUUGCGCCGCUGGCGAGGACAUUUACUGGCCACUUCCACAGCCACCAAACGAUUCUCCAAGGUACGAGCGAACAGAAUCAGGAUCUCCAUGGAAGUAUAACAUAUAUCGGGGCACCGUUACAGCUUACGUGGGCGGAUCUGUUCGACACCAAUAGAGGGGUCAUUUUGCUCGACCCCGAGACUCUGCAGAAUGACCUUAUCUGUAACCCUUAUGCAGUCGGUUAUGUGUCGAUGGAUAUCCAAGAUAUACUCUCGGGUGAGAUGGACGAAGAACAUAUCCGCGACAAGCAUGUCAUGAUUACCGGGAAUUUAUCAAGAUACAAGUACAUUUCAGCUAGAGAAAGUCUGGUUAAAUUAGGAGCGCGCAGCGUAAGAGACUGGAAGCCUUUUGAGCCGGCGUGGCAAUCCCAGAAGAAUGGUCUCGGUAAGACCAUGCUUCCUGCUGAUAUCCAAAACCUACCGAACAUAGGGAGCGAUGGAUUGUCAGGGGAAACGGGGGACGUCAAAUCUUCUAAUCCCAUUCAUCCCUCGGCCAUUGCUUCACCAAGACCGAUGGCCGAGCAAAUAGAGCGCGAGCCGAUUGACCUUGGCGAAGUUACCGACGAAUACGUGUCUUCUCUAAGUCUCGGACCUGCUCUUGAGAGCAAGCGAGGGUUAUUAGCCGCCGUAGGAAAGCGACUUGUGAAGAUCGGGAGUUCCGCUCGCGACAAGGUCAACGACACGAUCAAGUAUAGGGAUAUUCUCGACUUGUCCACCUCCUUGGCUGUUCCCUCGAAUGAAUCUCCGCGCAUCUUUAUCGCACACCCUAUUGCUAUCGAAAUUACAAACUUCCUCGGCGUCCAGGGCUCUCUCGAGCUUCAAUUUGAGCGUCACUUUCAACCUGGUAUGAACUUUAUAAUCGGAAAAAAUGGCGCGGGUAAGACGACAAUCAUCGAGGCAAUCGUGUGGUGCCAAUUUGGACAGUGUAUCAGGGACGGGCUUGGGGUGAACGACGUUGUCAACGACAUCGUCGGGAAGAACUGCAACGUUCGUCUUACAUUUGCCAAUGGGUAUUCGAUUUCACGGUCUAGGAAGCAUAGCGAGUUUCAGAAUCGCGUGAUUGUGGAAAAGGACGGUAUCGUACAGCCCCAGUUUGAAGGACCCAGCGCCAGAAGUUCUCAGGCGUCUAUCAAUGAAUUGCUAGGCGUAGACUUCGACACGUUUAUCAGAACAAUUCUUCUAGGUAACGAAAGUACUCGGAGCUUCUUGAGCGCCUCGCAACUACAGAAGAGGCAGUUGAUUGAAGCCGCUUUGGGUCUAGGGAUCCUAGACGGGUGUACAGAAACUUGCAAUUUAAUGAUGAGCCAGGUAGACGAGGAGCUAGGCGUGAAGCAGUCGCGACUCAAAGAGGUUACCCAUACAAUCGCUCAUCUCAAAGGUCGGGUUUCCCAAAUGGUUAAAACGCUGAAACGUUUAUUUGUCGAGGCAGAGACUAUCAUUGACCAGGUGCAACUCGAAGACCAAAAACACUUUGCAUCCCUGAACGCGAAAGAGCUCAGGAUAAAGCAGCUUAGGGAGGAACUUGAGAGUGAGCAAUUGCCAAAUCUAGAGCCUGAGCUUUCAGAGCUUCGAAGGAACGUUUCUAGAGCACAUGGCGAAGUGGGAAAGCUUGGUACGCUAGCAAAGCUUUCACGGGCUCGUUUAUCAAUAGAUCGUAAGAGGGCAGCUAUCAAGCAUGAGAUGGUAGCUAUUGGUACGCAGCUUGGUGAUUUCGAAAGAACAGUCGAGCGUCUGCUGGAAGAGAACGAAAUAUUGGAGAUCCCACCUCCAUCCGCCAACGAGAACCAUGGCAAAGCGGAGCGUAGCGAACAGGGCUUUCUGCCUAGUAUCAUGCUCAUAUUUCGGAACGCCUGGGCGUCUAUGCUUAGAUUUAUCAGCUUAAAAUUAUCUCCUAACAUCAUAAAAGUAGAGCAGCGGUGGCACGACCACAUGAGGGCAAUCGUUGCCUUCAACAACACUAUCAGGGAAGUACAAAUCAAAAUUUCGACUAUGGAGGACGCUGUAUCAAAUUAUUCCAACGAUACUUCCCGACAAGAUAUCAUGAGCAUAACGGUACAACAAGCAUUACGCAUUCCCACUCAGCUAAGUGCCGCCAUUGAUGAGCUACAACGUGCGACAAGCCAAUACAAUCAUCUCCAACAGCAAUAUGAGAGCCAAAAACAGAAGCGACUUCGCAAGCAGCAAGAUCUAGACGGACGAGAAAAGGACAUUGAUACGACGAGACAAAAAUGGCAAGUGUCUUUAGAUCGGUACCAUCUGAUGCUCGCUGGCAAAGAGAAAGAAAUUGCCACCUAUAAAGAACACCUCCAGUCGGAUGCCGAAUCCGUUUUUGGCCUCGUCCGCCAAGCAGCCGACCUAAGGAAAGAGGCUGCAGAAAUACACUCACACAGGGAAAUAUUCGCCUUUUGGCAAUCUGCUCUUACGCGACGGCAGGUAGCAAAGGCUACGUUUCGGCAUCACGUCACCGAGCGACAUCUAGGGGAGCUAAACAAACUUCUAGGACAGAUCCUGUUAGUCAUGUAUCAGGACGCAAACUAUGCGCGCAAUAUGACUUCUGGUACUAUCGGAGCACUCUUCAAAGAAGAAUACCAGGAUGGUGACGAUCGAGAUGAUAAUCAAGAGUCCACGUCAGUGCUUGAACCGUCUCUAUCGAUGAAUCAGGCACUUGAUUACGCAAAGCGAAGUGGUGGUGAACGCAAACGCGUAGAUCUGGCGCUAUUCUUCGCGCUGUCUAUGAUGGCAGGGGCCAGAAGUCCCCACAUGGCGAGGUACAUGCUUGUUGACGAAGCCUUUGACUCCUUAGAUGUAAGCGGCCAAGCUUCCGUGCUUAAAUGGUGCCGCUGGAUGGCGGAACGGCUAUCGUACGUCUUAGUUAUUACGCAUAGCCCAAACCUCGUCAAGCUCGCCGAGGAGGAAAGCGAUGCUGGCGGUGGUGUCGGGGCAAAUAUUAUUACUGUCAGGGCUGGUAAUAAAGGCACCGAGUUGGUGGAAACGCAGGAGUCUAUAGCUACCUCGCCUACUUAGCCAAUUUUUAAGUUGCUAGCAUAUCAUACAAAUCCCCAUUCUC